UGGGAACGAGACCAAUAGUUACUCUACGAAGAUUUCAGGGAAAAUAAAUAAAAGUUCACGCCAGCCCUCCCAUUGUAGCCAACAUAAAGGCUUUGACUUGACUUCUCCUGUGGACUUCAGAUGUCCAGCAUGGAUAACUACCCAGACACGCAGUUCUACGGGGAUGCGGAAAGCUACUGGAAGGCGAUUCCUGCCACCGUUGACGGAAUGCUGGGAGGUUACUCCAAGGUCGAUAAGGUCGACAUCAAGGGCUCCAAGAAGUUCCUUCAGGAAUUCAUCUCAGGUCCGAAUGCGAAGACAAAAACCCGUCGCGCCGUGGACUGUGGCGCUGGAAUCGGUCGUGUCUCCCACGGGCUCCUCUGUCCUCUCUUCAGCAGGGUGGACAUGGUGGAGGUCUGUCAGAAGUUCUUAGAUCAGGCCAAGACUUAUCUCGGAUCAAGUUCUAAGAAAAUAGACAGGUAUAUCUGCUGUGGUCUGCAGGACUUCACCCCUGACCCCGGCCGUUAUGAUGUGAUCUGGAUCCAGUGGGUGCUGGGACACCUCACACAUAAGGACCUGGUCUCCUUCUUCCAGCGAUGUCAGGCUGGUCUGGCAGAAAACGGGAUAAUCGUAGUGAAAGAGAACGUAGCGGACGACAGCUGUUCAGACGGGGUGAUUUUUGACCAGGAUGACAGCAGCGUGACGCGGUCACACCGCUAUCUGAAACAGAUCAUCUCGGAGAGCGGGCUGAGGGUGGUGAAGGAGGAGGCACAGAAGGACUUCCCCAAGGAACUGUUUAAAGUCCAGAUGAUGGUUCUGCAGUGAUCAAAGUUUGAUAUCAUUGAAAGAAAACAUUUUCAAGUAUAGAUCAAGACAUUUUUAAGCAGGACUUCCCCAAGGAACUCUUCAAAGUGAUCUACUGCCUAGUUUUUUUAGGAAUCUUCAAGUCAUCUUUACAGAAACAUUUUCAGGUCCAGAUCAGGACAUUUUUAAGAAGGAACGCCUCAACAGAUGAUGGUCCUGCAUUGAUCCAGGUUUCAAGAAUCAUCAAGACUUAGAACAAUUUAAGAACAUCACUAGAAAUCUAUGGUGGUUCUUCAGUGAUCAACACUGUAGCUUUUUAGGAGUAGUGAAGACAUGUGAAGAAGUUCCCAGAAAACAUUUUUAAGUCCACAUGAUGGUUCUUCGGUGAAGUUUCUAGGUUCUUAGGAGUCAUCAAGAGAUUCUAAAGAAUCAGCAAGACUUUCUCAGAUAACAUUUUUAAGCCCAGAUGAUGGUUCUUCAGUGAUCAACUUUUCUAGCAUCUUAGGACUUGUCAAGACAUCUCUAACAAGACCACAUAUUUAAGAACAUCGCCAGAAAACAUUUUUAAGUCCAGAUAAUGGUUCUUCCGUGAUCAUCUUUUCUAGUUUCUAAGGAAUUGAUCGUCAAGACAUCUUGGAAAUCAUCACCAAGAAAAUUUCCAGGAAAUAUUUAUAAGUCCAGAUGAUGGAAAUUCAGUAUCAACUUCUCUAUUUUCUUAGGAGUCAUCAACAAAUUCAUCUUUAAGAAAAUCAGUAAGAUGUCAUGUGAAGAAGUUUCCUGGGAAAAUUGUUUUAACUUUGCAGUCUAUUGUCACAGUGGUAAAAGAGAUAGAAACUAAACAUAGCUGUACAGUAAAGAGUAUUUUUGGACAGGUUGUCUCUGGAAUAGGGCUAGAAAGGCAAAAAAAAAAGUACAUGACAUUGCAUAGAGUAUGCUUUUUCUGGGAAGUCCAGAAUUGGAGAGAUUUUUACUCAGCGUUUGAUAAAACUGUAAGCAUGGAACAAGUUUGUUCUCAAAUUUGUCCUAUCAGAUAUUCAUAACUUGUGUGUUGCAAACAGAUCGGUACUUAAUAUAAGUAUUUCUAAAUAUAAUCAUGAAAAACCUGUUAUCCGUAGCAUAAAGUGA